AUGGACGGUUGGACGCCGGACUCCUGGACUUCUAAGCCCAUCAAGCAGGACGUGGUCUAUGAUGAUCCUCAGGGCUUGCAGUCCGCUUUAGGAAAACUAAGGACGCUUCCUCCUUUGGUCACGACGCAGGAGAUUGCCAAUUUAAAAAAGAACCUGAGAAAUGUUGCCUUGGGAAAGGCUUUUGUUCUUCAAGGAGGGGACUGUGCGGAGCUUUUCGAUUACUGUAAUCAAGAUAUGAUCGAGGCUAAAGUCAAGUUGCUACUGCAGAUGAGCUUGGUCCUUAUUUGGGGCGCGAAUCGACCCGUCGUCCGUAUUGCGCGCAUAGCAGGUCAAUUUGCCAAACCCCGUUCAAAUCCUAUGGAGGUUGUCGAUGGCGUGGAGAUGCCCUCGUUCCGAGGUGACAAUAUCAACAGCUUCCCUGCCACACCUGAGUCCCGCAAGCCUGACCCAUCGCGUCUGGUUUCAGCGUACUUUCACUCAGCCACAACCCUCAACUACAUGCGGGCUUCUCUUUCGUCGGGUCUCGCCGAUCUGCACUCCCCGCUCGAUUGGGGACUAGGUCACGUAAUCACGCCAUCCAUCAAAGAGAAGUACGAGCGCAUUGUCAGCCAAGUCAAGGACUCCCUACGAUUCAUGCAAACCGUGGGAAUUGACACCGACCGUGGUGUCGAGACCGUCGACAUCUACACAAGCCACGAAGGUCUCCUUCUCGAAUACGAACAGUCUCUCACCCGUCUCCUCAAAACCCCAACCACCUCCAGUACCAUAACCGAACACCACCCUACCCACCCGAUCGCGACCGGCACCACCACCUCCCAGCCAAAGAGCCACUACGCCACCUCCGCCCACUUCCUCUGGAUCGGCGACCGCACGCGACAACUCGACGGGGCCCACGUUGAAUUCUUCCGCGGCAUCGCCAACCCCAUCGGCAUCAAGAUCGGACCCAGCAUGACCCCGGACGAACUCAUCCGUCUCCUCGACGUGGUCAACCCUGCGCGAGAAAUCGGCAAAGUCACCUUGAUAUCGCGCUACGGCGCCGGGAAAAUUGCGCAAUACCUACCGGGCCACAUCGCCGCGGUGCAAGAAUCCGGCCACCUGCCUGUCUGGCAAUGCGACCCCAUGCACGGCAACACGCAGUCCACUCCGUCGGGGGUCAAGACUCGUCAUUUCAGCGAUAUUCUCUCCGAGUUGAAACAGGCACUGGAGAUCCAUCGUGCCGCCGGCUCUUUUCUCGGCGGUAUGCAUCUCGAGUUGACCGGGGAAGCUGUCACCGAGUGUGUGGGUGGUGCGGCCGGACUCACUGAGGAGGGUCUUGGUGAACGAUACACGACUUUCUGUGAUCCGCGUCUGAAUGAGAAACAGGCUUUGGAACUGGCUUUUCUUGUGGCUGGUUUCUAUCGUGAAAUGGAUGAAAUGGAUGAUUUGAAUACGAUUUAA